AUGCCUUUCGGGCACAUCAAGACUAAGGAGGUGAACCAUGGAAUCCCCAUACAUUCUCCACCAUAUCCCCAUACAGCGGACGAGUUUUCAGAUAUCGAUUGUCUGUCCAUAAGCUAUUUCACAAAGGCAGAUGCUCUUGCUCCUAUGAUUCCUGAAGAGCUGGAGAUUGACGACGAGCCCCUUGUUAUCCUCAAUCUCUUCAAGUAUGGGACCACCCCGAUCGGAGCGUACACCGAGUUCGUCCAGCAGGUUGAGGUGCGAUGGGAAGGCAAAAAGUACCUUUGGACGAUGGAGCUCAUUCUCGACAACCAGGGUGCCAUUUUCUCCGGUCGUGAGAAAUAUGGCAUCCCCAAGGUCUUUGGGAAUGUGGUCUGGGAUCCCUCCUCCACAAAGGGUGUCCCGUCCGGGUUUUAUACCGGCUAUGUUGAGCGCCCCGUCGGGGCUAAGAUUGUACAGCUGGGGUUUAAACCGCAGAAGAAAGUUCACGGCCUUCAAACUCUCCCAGACAGUGAUCAGAUGAGUCUUCACUUGCGCUCGAUUCCGUCUGCAAAUCCUGGCCAGCCUCCGGUGGUGCGGGAAUUUGUUCCUCUCAAAUUUCGUUUGACCGAAGCCGAGGUCUGGACCGGCAUACCAUCUGUUGGCUUCACUGGGAUGUCGGACUUCGAUCCUGUCCACAAACUGCCUGUUAUUCGUUAUGGCAGCGCUACUCUCUUUCGUCACGCUUCAGCGGUUCUCGACCCCUGCCUCCAGACAUACGCAAUCUGA